CUGGUUGAGGCGACCGCCGACUGGCAGUGCGUUUUCUCGCGGGCAUCGCGGCGACUGCUGCGACGAUGGCAAAGACGACGGCGAAGCGCACAUGGUCAGGCCUUCUCUUGUACACGCUGUGCUCGUUCGUGUGGGUGUAUGCGUACCAAGUCGUGUUCGUCGGCGUGUUGUGUGUCGGCAUCCUGGUCGGGCUGUGCACUUGCAAAGUGCAGAACCUGCUCAGCGGCGUGUCCCGCGCGGUGUGGCAAGUUGAGCUGUGGGUAUACCAACUAUAUGUAACCGAUUCGACGCUGCGGGUGCCUCGCGUGGAGGCCAUCACGCUUGGUACGGUCUGGUGGACGUUCGUGUACUUCUUCCUGACCAAAGCGUGGCUCACGGCCUACUUUACCGCGAUUGUGUCUACGAUUUUCAACGACUACAAGGCAUAUCAGGUCGCCGCUACCGCGGCGCAGACCCCGACGCUGUUUUCUCUCGAUGCCCUGCCCCAAACCCCACCACCUGCAAGCGACGCGUCCGGCGAGACCAUGGCCGAGCUUGUGUUUGACGUGCUGGCCUGGUUUUCCAUUAACAUUUUGAUGGUUUGGUUCGCAACGUGGUGGACGAACAAGUACUACACAUGGAUGGUCAGCGAAUUGGAAAGAAAGACCGAGGCGCGACAUCUCCCGCAUUUUCAACACUACCGACUCGGCAACGCCGCAGACGCCACCUCGCCAUUUCGUCCGUUCAUGCCCCCAUCACCCCCUCCAGUCAUCCCGUUCAGCAGCCAAGGUUGCAACGGAUCGGUCACAGUUAUGGGAGCCCCACCGCUGCAUCCGCCGCAACUCGAGCAAAACACGUCGUCGCAGUCGAGUGUGUCGUCUGCAGGAACUGUGGCCUCGGCCGCCAAUGUAUCGUUCAGCAAUUACGUUCCUCACUCUAUGCCGCCAUCCAUGACUUUUCAACGAUCCAUGCAAUCCCAUGCCGCUCAAACCGGGGUGGCCCGACCUGCGCAGCCGCUCCUGCAUUUUUCGUCGACGCUCACAGAGCGCCAUGGCGUGCUCGGCUUCCCCGUGCCUCCCCCGCCUUUACGCAGUACGACGUCGUCUGGGGCAUUGCACACCGGCCCUGGUUCCACCGAACACAACGGGGAAACACAGCACCAGGCUAACGGUGGCAUGAAUGAGAAGCGGAAGCCUCCUCCGCCACCGCAGCCCCCAAUGGCUCCACAUCCCCCGAAUGCACUGCAAUCCCCACCGCUUUCCCAACCUGCACAUCCAGCUGUGCCGACACAUUUCAAGCGCAAAAAAGCCGACGCUCUCCUGGCCAAGCACGAACACAAACUCGACUCGAUGGCCGAUCGCGCCCGCCACCAACUGCACUCGCUGCAUCGCAUCCUUGCGACUGUAAAAUCCCACCCUAAUACGAACAUGAUCAUGCAUGCACGCCGGCGUUUGGCGACCCUCGAAGAAAUGGUGGCCCAUGCUCCGUUAUUGCCCGACGAGCGACUGCAGUUUGAUCUAUCAUGUCGGGAAGUGGCCCAGAUCCUGGAGGAAUCGACGAUCGCUGCGUCGACACCGCCAGCCCGCGACUCGACGCGAGAAGUGUUUGAUCACCUCGUAGACGAUGCAUUGGGUCACGUGCGCCAUUUGCAAGAGUUCUGGACGAUGCAGCGACCUCAAGAUCACGACACCGUGUCGGAACUGCGUCGCCAACUCGACGACGUCCUGAUGUCAAUCGCGUCGGUCCCAGCCACUUGGCCGAGGCGAAAUGAACUGGAAGACCAGCACCGCGCCCUCGAUGCCGAAUUGGCCGCGUGGCUCUCCAACCAGGACAACGAAAAGAACGCUGUGCGAAACCAACUCGACUCGAUUCACCAAACACUCGUUCAAGACGCGGGGCUAUCGAAUGAGAACAAGGUACAGCUGCAGCGCAUGUGCUGCGACCUGCAAGACAAACUCGCCGCGAUGGAGCGCGGACCGUCAUCGACACAGGCAACUGUAUCCCACGCCUUUGUGCCCCAACUACCAUCCGCAACGUCACCACACGGGCGGACCCCCGCCGCCCCAGCUCCUGAAGCAGGUCUUGCUCAAACCCUGGUUGAUCGGUACGCGACUUUCGGAGGCCCGCGACGUGCAUCCGCGGGUCCAGCGAGUCGCCAACAGCCAGCUACCCCAGGCACAUUCGUCGUGCAUCAGGAGGUUGAGGUGAAAGAAAUGUCGGACGUUGACGUUUCCGAGACCGAAGAUUAUUCGCGCAAGGUCCAAGUCACUGAAGCCGCUCGGUCGGGGUGGCAGUCGCCGUGUGGGUACGACCACCCUGGAUCUCCCGACUACGGCGUCAUGUCGCCGAGCAGCGGCACCACGACUAGCAUGCCUUCCUUUGCCACGUCCAGUCCAGCCUACGGUCAGCUAUCUCCCACAGGCACGUCUUCCAUGCUUUCGACAACAGGCCCAUCAGCCACUUUUGAAGCGGCCCCGACGUUCCGCAGUGCGUCCCUCUCUCCAUCCGACGUUUAUGACCCCGUGCACUUUAUGUCGUUUGCUCCGCCGUCGGUGUGCCGCGGCAUGGUAUUCCAGUUUAACAUUUGGGCAUUUCUCGUCCACCAGCGCGACGAAGCGGCGGAGGAAGCGCUGGCGGCGGAUUUGACGGCGCGGCAAUUGUCGCGGGAGCUUCUACUCCGCGUUCGCCGAGGUGCCUUGGCCCACAUUACCCUCCAAGUGCCCAGCGGAUUCUGUUUGGAUCAUUGCGACUCGACGCAAGUUUUGUCAUGGACAGGCAACGUCACAAGCGUGAAAUACGGCGUGGAAUGCACACCGAGUGCUCCACUCGGCCAAGUCCUGUUCAAAGCAACGAUCGUCGUCGGGACGGACGUGAUGAUCCUGCGGUCGUUCGUGUGCGUGGCGGCGAUGCACACCCGUCGCGACGCAGCAGCCUGUGAACUCGACAGCAUGCUGGAAGUGCUUCCGAAAAGUUUUACCGAGAUCCCGUUCGACACGUUGUCGAUUCGCGAAUUGAUCGGGCGCGGCCACUUUGGCGACGCAUAUCGAGCCGAGUACCAAGGCAAACAGGUUGUGGUCAAGACCAUCCGCGCCAGCGUCCUCGGCGGCGACUCGGCCGAUCAAGUUGUCGACGAGUUUCGCCAUGAAGCCGCCGUGCUCAACAUGUUUGGCCAUCAUCCGCACAUCGUGCCGUUUGUCGGGGCUUGCACGGAUCCGUCGUCGACGCUGUCGUUGGUCACCGAGUACCUCCCGUACGGAACAAUCGAAGAUCAGUACAGGCGGCACCUGACCGCCGCGCAAAAGACGCGCAUCGUUGCGGACGCCGCCGCUGGGCUCGCAAACAUGCACGAAGGCGGGUUCAUCCACCGCGACAUUGCAGCGCGCAACUGCCUCGUCGAUGGCGACCUGCGGGCCAAAGUGUGCGACUUUGGAUUGUGUCGCCGCGUCGAGGCGUGUCGUGCGGGGGUGCAUUUUGAGAAUGGCGUCGGUCCACUCAGGUACAUGGCGCCCGAGUCGCUUCAGCCGCCGCAUGUGUUUUCAACCAAGUCGGACGCGUUUGCGUUUGGCGUGCUGGUGUGGGAGACGUUCACCGAGACGAAACCUUUUGCGACGAGGACGGCGCACGAAGCGGCGGCAUUUGUGCUGGAAGGCGGCCGUUUGGACCAUAUGGAUGCGGCGAUUCCCGUCGCCCUGCAGCGCCUCAUGGCCCAGUGUUUUCAGGAAGACCCGAUGCGCCGCCCCACCAUGACCGACAUCGCGGCGGCCUGUCGACACGCUGACCUCUCGCAGGUCGAUUAGACAUGUAACAUGGAUCGAAUUGGAGUCGUCUCGACGGCGGCAGGGUGUCGUGUGUCGUGGCAAGGGCGGCGGAUGUCAUCCGAGUGUGGUGGGCGUAUGGGAGUUGCUGGCUGCCGCAAGGGACUUGACGACAUCGGCGCUCCCGUCUUCCGUUGGUGGUCGGGUGCGUUGGGCACCAUGGCGACCACGCGUCAUUGCAAGGCGUGAAGCGAGUAGGCGGAUGGACCGGGGAACGGCAGGCACCUGGACGACUGCGAAAGCGCCUUCCAACUCGUCUGAGGGCUGUGAAGUCAGCAUGGACGAUUCGUGCUGCACAGGACGUCCGCUCCGUUGGAUGCGACGGAAGGUUAUCUACUUGCACGUGGGUGCGCUCGCUGUGAAGAUUUGGAACAGGGGCGUAGUCCCCAUUCGUUCACGAUGCUGCAUGGCCACGGGAUGGGGUGCGCGCGGGCAAUGCUUGCGCCCAAGUGCAUGAUGCAAGUCAUGCCUCCAUCCUUCUCGACAUGGACGACCAUGGCCGAGACAGACGCGGGGGAAUGCCGAGGUGGAUAGGCAUUAACAUGUAGUAUUAGCAACA